GGUGCAUGGAGGGUUAACCUCAGUGAGGCAAGGCACACGUGGUCCUGGGCCUGUAAUAAACCUGCCCACUUGGGUGGUACCGGGAGUGGGGAGAAGAGUGUCACAAAAUUCAGUGUCUACAGAGCAAGGCAACAGGGAGUCAUUUGAUGGCAGCCAUUGGGUAUCAAUGGAAGCUGGAAAAACAUGACCACAUGGAAGCCCGAUCAAGCGAGACUGGAAGAUGGACCCAGACAGUAGAAGAGAAGUCAUGUCUGCCAGGCCAUAGCCAUAGCAAGUUGGAUUUUACUUCCUGUGGUGAGCGAGUGUCGUUUCAGGGAUCAGUCUCCACCCCAUAUGUCCUGAGGUCAAUAGGGCUAUAAAUAAAGUGAAUAAACCAGGGCCUAAUUACUAGAGUUGAGAAUAAGGUGGAUGUGGUCUUAAAAUAAGACAAACUGUUUUUAACCCUUAGGCACAAACUGAGAGGCAAGUAAGUCAGAAAAGUGACUUGAUCCUAGGUCUCAGAAUCAAACCAGGGUUCCUUAAGGGACCAGGUUUUACCUAUAGGUGAUGAUGGUCAAGUAGUUUAGAUGUAGGUAGAAGAUGGAUGCAGUGUUUGAGGUACAGACAAAGUCCAUCUUCUUAACACCUAACUCUGGUCUUUCUGAUCCAUUUUCUUCAAUUGUUUCCUACAGAUUACAGAAUAAACCAGUCUCAUUAAUCUGACAUGUAGGCUUUCUAUAAUCUGGUUUCAACUAUUUUAUUUAUUUUUUCACUUUUCCUUAUCAUAUCUUCUUCCCCCAGCUCCUAUACCUACUUGCUUUGCAUAGAGCCUACAAUUCUAUAAUCCAGACUAGUUAAAUAGUUUUCUUUGUCUGAACACACCAUAUACUUUACUGGCUUGAUGCUUUUCUCAAAAUUUUCUCCUUCUUAUCUACCCAUUAUGUAGAAACCAUCCUAAAUACCAAAUGUUGGCAGUAAUUUAUUUUUUCUCUCUUUAUUUCCCCACCUCUACCACUGACAUGGCUUUUCAAGUGAAGUCUUAUGUUGGUGUGAUUCAUCUUAAUGUUUCUCAUGAAGCCCAGUAUAGUGGGAAAGACAAAAACAGAGGUUUCUAAAGACCCAACUUACUGACCGUAUUUUUGACAUUACAUAUAUUUUAAAAAUCACAUUGGAUCACGCUGCCGGCGUGCAAGAUGGCGGUGAAGAAAGACAAGAAGCCUAAGAAGUCAACUUGGAAGUUUAAUCUGGACCUUACUCAUCCAGUAGAAGAUGGAAUUUUUGGUUCUGGAAAUUUUGAACAGUUUCUAUGGGAGAAGGUUAAAGUGAAUGGAAAAACCGGAUAUCUUGGGAAUGUCGUUCACAUUGAAUGCUUCAAGAAUAAAAUCACAGUUGUUUCUGAGAAACAGUUCUCUAAAAGGUAUUUGAAACACCUUCCCAAGAAAUACCUUCAAAAGAGCAAUCUUCGUCAUUGGCUUCGUGUGGUCGCAUCUGACAAGGAGACUUAUGAACUUCGUUACUUGCAGAUUAGUCAAGAUGAAGAUGGGUCCGAGUCUGAGGACUAGAUGAAGCCAUCCCUUUCAGGGCUUUGCUUGCUAACAAAACAAAUGAAGUAUACAAGAAAACAUCUUGAAAUGGACCUUUAGUUUAUCAGUGAAUAAAAAACAUGACUCUGU